CUGAGGGGUGGAGCAUCUAAUUUCAACGUCCUUUUGAAGAAAGGACUUUCCUGCAUUGAUCACAAUUUUCAGAAGAGGAGAACCGGGCUGUGUGAGCAGUGUCAGCUCUUAAAUGUACUCCUGAAAGAUCUAAAAAAUGAGAUUUCCAGCAGAGAUUAUUUGGCUUAUUUUAUGGACUGUUUGUGUAGCAGAAGAUUGUAAAGGACCUCCUCCAAGAAGAAGUCUAGAAAUUCUGACAGGUUCCUGGCCUGAUGAAACAUAUCCAGAUGGCACUCAAGCUGUCUAUAAAUGCCGGCCUGGGUAUAGAACUCUGGGAAAUAUAAUAAUGGUAUGCAAGAAUGGAGAAUGGGUGGCUGUUAAUCCAGCAAGGGUGUGUCAGAAAAGGCCCUGUGGACAUCCUGGCGAUACUCCCUUUGGUUCUUUUCAGCUCACAGUAGGAAAUGAGUUUGAAUAUGGUGCAAAGGUUGUUUAUACAUGUGAUGAAGGGUUUCAAAUGAUAGGUGAGACUGAUUUCCGUGAAUGUGAAGCAGAUGGAUGGUCCAAUGAUAUUCCUGUAUGUGAAGUUGUUAAGUGUUUGCCAGUGAGAGACCCAAAGAAUGGAAGACUUAUCAGUAGUGCAAAAGACCCAGACCAGGAAUAUUCUUAUGGACAAGCAGUACAUUUUGAAUGUAAUGCAGGCUUUAAGCUUGAUGGACCUAAAGAAAUACAUUGUUCAGAAAAUGGUUUUUGGAGUGCAGAAACACCAAAAUGUGUGGAAAUUUCCUGCAAACCACCAGAAGUCAGGAAUGGAUAUGCAUUAUCUAAUAAGAAUAUUUAUAGAGAGAAUGAACGAUUUCAAUAUAAAUGCAACCAAGGAUUUGAAUACAGUGCAAGAGGAGAUGCUGUAUGCACUAAAGUUGGAUGGAGUUCAGAGCCUUCAUGUGAAGAAGUGUCAUGUAAUCCUCCUUAUAUUCCCAAUGGUAUCUUCUCACCUGUGAGGAUUAAACACAGAACUGGAGAUGAAAUCAGGUAUGAGUGUAAAAACGGUUUUCAGCCUGCAACUCAUGUAAAUACAGCAACAUGCACGAGUGGUGGCUGGUCACCUCCUCCAAGAUGCACCUUGAAACCUUGUGAUUUUCCACAAAUAAAACAUGGACAACUAUAUGAUGAGGGUAAAUAUAGACCAUACUUUCCAGUAGCUAUUGGAAAACGUUUCUACUAUCACUGUCACCAUAAUUUUGUGACUCCUUCACGACAUCAUUGGGAGUACAUUCACUGCACACAAGAAGGAUGGUCACCAGCAAAACCAUGCCGCAGACAAUGUACUUUUAAUUAUUUGGAAAAUGGACAAUAUCCAUAUUAUGGAAGAACAUAUAUAGAGGGUGAAUCUGUACGAGUCAGUUGCAAUUCUGGCUACAGUCUUCCCAAUGGGCAGACCAAACUUACUUGUACAGAGACUGGCUGGCUCCCUCCUCCCAAAUGCAUCCGUGUCCAAACAUGUUCAGAAAUAGAAAUUGAGAAUGGGUUUAUUUCUGAAUCUCAGGUUACAUAUCCCUUAAAUAAACAAACACAAUAUAAGUGUAAACCAGGAUAUGUAACAGCAGAUGGUAAAACAUCAGGAUUAAUUACAUGUCUGCAAAAUGGAUGGUCAGAACAACCCAAAUGCAUUAAAUCUUGUGAUAAGCCAGCAUUUACAAAUGCCAGAGCCAAAAUUAACAGAACAUGGUUUAAGCUCAAUGAUGUCUUGGAUUAUGAAUGCGAUGAAAGAUAUGAAAACAAACACAAAGCUACCACAGGCUCCAUAGUAUGUGAAUACCAUGGUUGGUCUGAUACACCCACCUGUUAUGAAAGAGAAUGCAGGCUUCCUACAAUAGAUGCACACUUAGUUCCUAAUCCCAAGCUAGACAGUUAUAAAAUUGGAGAUGUGGUGAGAUUCUCCUGCAAACCAGGAUUUACAAGAGUUGGACCAGAUUCAGUUCAGUGCUACCACUUUGAAUGGUCACCUAACAUCCCAACGUGUAAAGAGAAAGUACUAUCCUGUGGUCCACCCCCUCAACUCAACAAUGGAGAAGCUAAGGGAAUAAAGAAAACAGAGUAUGAACACAGUGAAGUGGUGGAAUAUGAUUGCAAUCCUAGAUUUCUGAUGAAGGGGAUUAGUAAAAUUCAAUGUGUUGAUGGAAAGUGGACAACCUUGCCAAUAUGUGUUGAGGAUGAGAGUACAUGUGGAGAUAUACCUGAACUUGAUGAUGGUUAUGUCCAGCCUUCUUCCCCUCCCUAUUACCAUGGAUAUUCAGUGGAAUUCAAUUGCACAGAAACAUUUACAAUGGUUGGACACAGAUCAGUUACAUGUAGGAAUGGAUCAUGGACCCAACUUCCUCAGUGUGUUGCAACAGAUCAACUUAAGAAGUGUAAAAGGCCAAAAAUAAUAAUUGAGGGUAAUAUACAGCAUAAGAACGAAUUUAAACAUAAUGAAAGCAUAAGGUACAGAUGUGGAGAACAAUACAGACACUCAGUCUGCGUAAAUGGAAGAUGGGAUCCUGCCCUGAGAUGCACAAAUGUACAAAUACAAUUAUGCCCACCUCCACCUCAGAUUCCCAAUGCUUGGAAUAUGACAACCACAGUGAAUUAUCAAGAUGGAGAAAAAGUAUCUGUUCUCUGCCAAGAAAAUUAUCUAAUUCAGGGAAAAGAAGAAAUUUUAUGCAAAAAUGGAAAAUGGAAAAAUAUGCCACGAUGUGCUGAAAAAAUUCCAUGUUCUCAACCACCUCACAUAGAGCAUGGAACUGUUUACUCAUCUGCAUCUUCAAAUGAAAUGGAAGAUACAACUGAACCCAAGGUUUAUGCACAUGGUAAAAAAUUAAGUUAUAUUUGUGAAGAUGGUUUCAGAAUAUCCGAAGACAAUGAGAUAACAUGCUACUUGGGAAAAUGGAGUUCUCCACCUCAAUGUGUAGGACUUCCUUGUGGACCACCACCUUCAAUUGAUUAUGCUGUUGUGUCUCCUAAUUUAAACAGUUAUCAAUAUGGUGAAGAAUUUACAUACAAAUGUUCUGAAGGUUUUGGAAUUGAUGGCCCUGAAUUUACAAGAUGCUUAGGAGGAAAAUGGUCUCAACAGCCAAAAUGCAUAAAGACUGAUUGUUCUGGUGUUCCCAGGUUUGAUAAUGCUGUACCUAUAGGGCGUGAGAAGGAUUCAUAUAGGUCGGGAGAACAAUUGACUUAUGAAUGUGUAGCAGAUUAUCAAUUAGAUGGACCCAACACUGUAACAUGUAUUAAGAGAACAUGGAUGGGAAAUAUAACAUGCAAAGAUAUUUCCUGUGUGAAUCCACCCACAGUGGAAAAUGCUAAGAUAACAACAAGACAGAAGAGUAGGUAUCCAAAUGGUGAGAGAGUGCAUUAUGAAUGUAAUGAACCUUUUGACAUGUUUGGGGAAGUAGAAGUGGUGUGUCUAAAUGGAACCUGGACAGAGCCACCUCAAUGCAAAGAUUCUAAAGGAAAAUGUAAGACCCCUCCACCUAUUGAAAAUGGAGACAUCACUUCAUUCCCAUUAGCAGUAUAUGCUCCUUAUUCAACAGUUGAAUAUCAGUGUCAGAACUUAUAUCAACUUCAGGGUAACAGGCGAAUAACAUGUAGUAAUGGACAGUGGUCGGAACCACCAAAAUGCUUGAAACCAUGUGUAAUAUCAGAAGAAAUCAUGGAAAAAUAUAACAUAACAUUAAAGUGGCGAGACAGAGGAAAGCUUUACUCCAGAUCGGGUGAAGAAGUUGAAUUUACAUGCAAAUAUGGAUAUCAUCAAGCAACAUAUAACCCAUUUCGAACAAUGUGUCAGGAUGGGAAAAUGAUAUAUCCCCGUUGUGCAUAGGACUUUUUUUAGCUUUAUUAAAAUCCACACCUUUAUCAGUUCUCAAUUUUACAUUUCAAAUAUUGUUUAACUCAUUUUUAUUCAUAAAUCAGAAUUUUUGCAAUUUGAGAUGAUGUAAUUACAAUCUGAGAACUGUGCCUCACUUCUUAAAAGGGCCAUAUUAAACCUUGAUAAAAAACUGCUCUAUAUUCAAUUUAUGAAAUAUCUUUGUCAGGAAAUUACACGCAAUUAUGUUAGAGACCAUUAUGUCUAUUACCUUCCAAAAUACCUCAAAGACAGCUUCUGAGGUUCUCUGUUCUCUAGUCAAUGAAAAAGAUGUUGUUGUCUCUGUCUUUGAAAUUGUAUCACUUCAUAAACACGAAAAAAUCAACCCAAGUCAUAACUUAAAUUAGCAAUAAAAUCUGUCAUUAGUCA